GACACUUGUCCCAUGAUUGUGGGUAAAGUGAAGAAAUCAAUUCCUAGAAUGAGAACUGUAAAGUCAAAGGAGAAGAUUAAAGUUGCAACAUCAAAAAGCAACUCCACCUCAGCCAAUGUUACUACGUGUGAGACAUCAGGGAAUAUAAUGAAGCUUUGUGUCAACCUAAUGCCUUUUCUGGCUGCAGCCAAGGAGCCCGUGGAGGAAGAGGAGGGAAACGAAGAGGACAACAGCUGCACGAGUAAAAAGGAACCAGAAACCAGCAGCAAAAAUAAUGACCCAUCUGUCACUAAAUCUGUGGAACAAACAUUUAAUUCUUUCAUAGGAUUAACUUUGGACACUGACACCGAACAACCAGUAAGUCCUCAGUUUGUGCUGCCACCUAUAACUCAAUCUAAACCAGCUCCUGAGUGUUGUGACCAUCAGAAGAGCCUCAUUCCUCGACCUCUAAUCAGUUUAUCCGAGCAAACAAGGACCAUCUCCUCAAACUUCAGUACAAAAGGCUGCGGAGGCGGUGGGUUAGUUACAGGACAAGUAGCAGACAGCAGGCCCUGGAUAGCCAAUCCCCUGUUCUCUAAAAGUAGAUCUUCUGAGUUUCGUCUGCCUGACAUCUCCUUGUCCAGUCUGGACGCUCUGCUGCAUACGGUCACACAGAAACUGGGGAGGAAGAGGAGAGGCUUUGAUGAAGGGCUGUGGGGACGUGUCCAGUCCGAUCAUCUCCUCAUGGCUGUUAGUGAACAACGUUUGAGAGAGAGAAGCAUCACAGAGAACAGAAACCUGGUCAACAUUAAAACCGUAACAGAAACAUCAGUGGGUGGAAGCAGUGUAACCAGACAGAGGAGCCUGCCUCCACUUUUAUCUGCACCGAAACCAAUGCUCAUCCUCAAUAUGACGAAGAAAAACAUCCCGACUUCCAACACGCUGCAGUGAUUCAUCAUAAACGACAAACUGAACUUACAACAUACAGCACAGUAUUUUUUUUUAAAUGAUACAGGAAACCAUAUAGUUUUAUUUUCCUUCAGGACAAUACAUUCACAACAGACA